AAUUUAAUUCCUUUUCGACCUUCAAUUCAGUUCCAAGGACUCCAAGGGCUUGUCAAAAUUCCCAAAAAUGAUCCCCUCAGUGAAGUCCACAACUUUAACUUCUACCUGUCAAACGUGGGGAAGGAUAACCCUCAGGGCAGCUUUGACUGCAUCCAGCAAACACUCUCCAGCUCUGGAGCCUCCCAGCUCAAUUGCCUGGGAUUUAUACAAGAUAAAAUUACAGUGUGUGCAACAAAUGACUCCUAUCAGAUGACACGGGAAAGAAUGACCCAGGCAGAGGAGGAAUCCCGUAAUCGAAGCACCAAAGUUAUCAAACCCGGGGGACCAUAUGUAGGGAAAAGAGUGCAAAUUCGGAAAGCGCCUCAAGCCAUCUCAGAUGCAGUUCCUGAGAGGAAAAGGUCAACCCCCAUGAACCCUGCAAACACAAUUCGAAAGACACAUGGUGGCAGCAGUGUUUCUCAGAGGCCAUACAGGGACAGGGUCAUCCACUUACUGGCGCUAAAAGCCUACAAGAAACCUGAGCUACUUGCCCGCCUGCAGAAGGAUGGCGUCAAUCAAAAGGACAAGAACUCUUUGGGAGCAAUUCUGCAACAGGUGGCCAAUCUGAAUCCUAAGGACCUCUCCUAUACCUUAAAGGACUAUGUGUUUAAGGAGCUCCAGCGAGACUGGCCGGGUUACAGUGAAACAGAUAGACGGUCAUUAGAGUCAGUGCUCUCUAGAAAAUUAAAUCCAUCUCAGAAUGCUGGCACUAGCCGCUCAGAGUCUCCCAUGUGUUCCAGCAAAGAUUCUGCCUCAUCUCCUCAGAAACGACCUUUGGACUCAGAUUUCAUCGAUCCUCUAAUGAACAAAAAAGCUCGAAUAUCUCACCUGACAAACAGAGUCCCACCAACACUAAAUGGCCAUUUGAAUCCCACCAAUGAGAAAUCUCCUGCAGGCCUCCUACCACCCCCUGCAGCUGCAGCCAUCCCUACACCCUCACCGCUGCCUUCAACCCACCUUCCUGUCUCAAAUCCUCCUCAGACUGUAAACUCCAACUCCAACUCCCCUAGCACUCCAGAAGGCCGGGGGACUCAAGACCUACCUAUUGACAGUUUUAGUCCAAAUGGUAGCAUCUUUGAGGACCAGCAAGACAAAUAUACCUCUAGGACUUGUCUGGAAACAUUACCCCCUGGCUCAGUUCUGCUAAAGUGUCCAAAGCCUAUGGAAGAAAACCACCCAGUGUCUCACAAAAAGUCCAAAAAGAAGUCUAAAAAACACAAGGAAAAGGACCAAAUAAAAAAACACGACAUUGAGACAGUGGAGGAAAAAGAAGAAGACCUUCAGAGAGAGGAAACUGCCAAGCUGAGGAACUCCAGUCCGAAACCCAGUGAAGGAGUUAAAGAAGGUUGCACUGCCUCCAUGGAGCCUUCUUCAACAAUUGAACUCCCAGAUUAUUUGGUAAAAUAUAUUGCUAUUGUCUCCUAUGAGCAACGCCAGAAUUACAAGGAUGACUUCAAUGCUGAGUAUGAUGAGUACAGAGCUUUGCAUGCCAGGAUGGAGACUGUAGCCAGGAGAUUUAUUAAACUGGAUGCACAACGAAAACGCCUUUCUCCAGGUUCAAAAGAGUACCAGAAUGUUCAUGAAGAAGUCUUACAAGAAUAUCAGAAGAUCAAGCAGUCCAGUCCCAAUUACCAUGAAGAAAAAUACAGAUGCGAGUAUCUUCAUAACAAGCUGGCUCACAUCAAAAGACUAAUAGGUGAAUUUGACCAACAGCAAGCAGAGUCAUGGCACUAGAACUCUGCUUGGACCAGAAGAUGUGAAUAAAACUUAAACUUAUUUAUUUAAAAUUCCAGAUGAGUUGCUUUAGAUUCUAAAUGAUGAAACUUUGCUUGUUAGAAGUUUCAGUAUUAGUAAACUUGAGUUACUUUUUUUUUUUUUCUUUCUCUUCAUUCUACUUUGCUUCCCUGAAUUUUGAAGCUGCUUUCUUUUUCUGGUCCUUCCGCACCCCCAAACUUGUUUGUUAAUAGAAGCAGUUUUUUAGAUAUUGGGGAUCCAGUGUCUAUACUUCAAAUCAAUUUUUCCUUGAAAACUUGUGUUUGUCAUUAGAGGUGAUUUCGAUUCUUUUUUUUUUUUUUUGUAUCAGGGAUGCAAUGUCCACACUUAAGAGUUGCUUGUGUUUAAAAACAAAACAGUAAUGUGCAAAGUGAAAUGCUUUUCCUAAGCCUAUUUUCUGACCUUUCUUAAUGCAAACUGUUUGCCUUAAAUGGUAGAAUAUUUAGAUAUUUGCACAAAAUUCAAAAAAAUCAAAACAUUGUUUUGGAGGGUUGAAAAAUGGAAAUAUUGUUUGAAUAUGUGUAUAGUUUUCUAUGCACAUACAUACAUACAUGCGCACGCGCACACACACACACACACACACACACACACACACACACACACACACACACACACACACACAGGGCUGACUGGCUCUAGAGUGUUAGUCCUGCCCUGCAAGUUAAACCCCCCAUUGCAAUGGCUGCCUUAAGGUGUUUGCUAAUUGUGUACAUUGUGUGGUUAAUCAGUAGCUGCACUGCUCCCCUGUGCUGAUAGCCACGGGGAGCACACUGUGGCCUACAAGCGUCAGAACACGUGUGUGUGUGUGUGUGUGUGUGUGUGUGUGUGUGUGUGUGUGUGUGUGUGUGUGUGUGUGUGUGUGUGUUCAGCUUGUGUGUCUGCAGAACUGAUGUGGGUGUGAGCUGCAGGAAGGUAAAAAGCUGCUACUCAGUAGGCUGGACGCUCAGGUUAAACAACUAAUGAGUGGUACAGCAGGUUGUUGGUAAUGUUUGUUUGUUUCUGUUAAAUUGCUACUUCUAUUGUGGAAGACAGAAGCAUUUCCAUUUCAACAGUUUGUCAGCUUUAUUAAUGUUGGGCAAAAAAUUGAUAUGUUAUAAAAAUGAAAUAGAUCUAUAGUUUUGGGGCAAAUGAUAAAAUUAAAUGUGUAGGUAACCUAUUUAUAUACUGCUAUAAAGUAUUUUUGAAGAGAGAUAUGCAAAGAAGCUAUUACCUACAUCAGAUGUAUAUUUAAAGAUUUUUUUUUCAUCCUGGAUACCAGGAAUAUUAAAAAAAAAAAAAGUAGAUAUAUUUAACCAUAACAUACUGUGAUUCAUCAAACAGCACAAACUUUCAUUUCAUGGAGUUUAUCUGUUAUUGUUGAUUUAAACUAUCUCUUGUCUUAUCAUGUGGGAACAUAAGUUAUGUGGUCAAAAUAUAAGGAUUUUGAACUAAUGUUGAUUCAGGUUGUGUUGUCUUGUAUCGUCUUUUCAAAGUGCUGCCAGUUGAAAAGGGAAGCAUUAUGUUUACAAAUCUGUUUUGAAAUGUUUGCCAAAAUUUUGGUAGUAUCUUUAAUAAAGAUGUUUGUCUCCAGCAUCCAAACAAAAGUGAA